UAGCUCAUGAGCCUCCAACAAGCAGAAACACGCCGUUUCCCGCGCUUUCUUACCAAGUGAGUUGUGGUGGCCAGGAACCAUGGGGGAGACGGGGAAGAUGGAGGACGCUGACAGCUUGGAGGAGUUGGUGAACCAGUGUACGUCACAAAAUGUGACCACACGAGUGCCUGCAUAUCGAACCCUUACAAAGAAGUGUACAGGGAAGUCGGAGAAUGUUGUAUGGAGUGACUAUGCCUCUUUGGAUGACACACACAAAACUUUGGUUAAUAUUAAAACAGACUUGUUAAAUGGGGCAAUAGAGACCAGUUAUGAAGCUGCAGGAGUGUGUGGAUGUCUUCUAGCUAAUGUUAGUUUUCUCAGCUUACUGAACAAGGAGGAUGAAGUUGAAAUAUUAGAUGUGUUAAUAAAAGUCAUUAAGGAAGCAAAAGAGAAGAAAGUUCUUACUAGAAGUCUGUGGAGUCUUGGAAAAAGUAAAUUAAAGAAAAAUGUUUACCUAGAAAAAGUUCAGCAAAUUAUUGAAACUCUUAUUGGCAUUCUCACUCCUGGAGACUCAUCAUCUGUUACAGUUCAUGAAGCAAUACAAGUUCUCCAGGCUUUAUUAGAAAACAUUCCAGAUGAACUCUGUAAUGAAGCGAGACAAUGGCUGCCGUGUUUAUUUUUGUAUCUCUCUCACGAAGUUAGUAGAGUUCGUGUAUCUGCCUUAUCUACUGUUCACAAAGCAAAAACUCUUUUGGAAAGACCAGAUUACAAUGAUAUUAAAUCAGACAUUGUGAAAAUGAUUAUACCAGACAUUAAGACCCAGUAUUGUAAACAAAUGAACCGCUUGGUGGUUAUGGAGUGUGUCGACGUAUUUGAGUCAUGGAGGAUGGUAGUGCAUUUAUUGGGAAAGGAACUUCACUCUGGUUUAUUGCUGAUAAAUAGCCUCCUUGAAGUUAUAGAAAAAGGAUUCAAGAGUCCCAACCCUGUGAUCCGAAUUGAAUCUUUCAAGUGUUGGCAGACUCUAAUGGAUAAUUUCUCUUUGGAUAUAAAUUUGCUUACUAAUAUUAAGAGAUUGAAAUUGCUUCUUGCUCCCCUUAAAACUAAUAAUGCUAGAAGAGAAGAUAUUGCCUAUGCAAAACUUCAGUCAUGGUGGCAUCUUGUUUGUAAGCUUGGUAAGAAAGCAUCUGUGAAUUUUGAUAUAGUAAUAGUACCACUGCUAAGGUUUUGCUUUGACUGUGGCUCUUCUACUGGUGGGGCAGCGGUUGGAAUAGCUGGGAGGAAUCUUAUCAUGUCAGGUGCUGCAGCGCCUCCAGGAACAAAGUUUUCUGGUUUACAUGUUUUUAGUGCAGAAAUAUUAGCUCAGAUACUAUCUGUUGGUGGUAAUAUUUCUGGACUUUCGACUUACAACUAUACCACACCAAAGAUGGAAGAGCCUCUGUUGACCAGCCCCUCGAUGUUUUUUCGUUAUCAUCAGCUACUGUUGAACUGCACCGGUAAAGCUGUGCAAAGCCUUAGUUCCCAUGAACGUAAACAGUACCUUCUUGGAGUGUUCCUGUUCCAGUCCGUCCUUGCUCAUAUUCGUAUGUUAAUUAGCACAGACACGAGUAAGAAAGAGUCUGUAGAGCCAGUGAAGGAGCUCUUUAACACCAUUUCAUCAUUAGAAAGAGAAUGUUCCCCUGGAGACUCACAGAGUCAGUUUGUUUUCAAGUUCUUUGAAAUGGUUAUGGUAGGAAGUUUAGCACUACCCAAGUCUGUUCUAAACUCUCGACAUCAUCAUAUAUCAACAAGCAAUACAAUGAGAGACAUGAUGAGUGGGACUUUAAGUUACCACUUAAUACGUGAGUUGUGUAAGCCUGGUCUACUUCACUAUGCCACAACUAGAGAAGGGUUUUUCACAAUGUGGUUGGCUUUACUUGCUAAUAGCAAUCCAUCAGUAGGAAAACUUGGUUUCCUGCUUUCAGUAAUGAAGGAAUUAGAUAAUGCUGCACCAGUUUUAUGCCCUGCACACCCUAACACACUUGUGCGGUUAUGGUCGUCAGUAGUUCGUCAACUUAUUGAACACAUUGAAGAGACACAGAUGAUAGACCAGGGUGAUGGUAGUGAACAUGACUGGAGUUGCAUCUACAGUAGCCUUCUCUUCCCUCUGACUCAUUCCAUUGAUGCCCUCAGUGCAGCGGAUCAUCACAUUUAUUAUCCAAUCAUGACAGACUGGACUGAACUCUGGUUAAAGUUUAUAGAAUUAACUCCACUGACCCCUACAGCUGAACCCAAUAGUGAAGUGGAUUAUGUUGCUCAGAGUUUGGUUACUAUGUGUGCGGAAAAGCUUACAGCACCGCCUGAUGUACAUGCUGCUACUUUCAAUCUGAUGGCAGAUAUUCUGGUAGUUCUUACAGGAAACUUAAGAUAUUCAGAACUGGGCAAGACUUCAGUAAGAUUGGUUAACAGUCCAGCGAAACCCAGAAAGAAGCCUAAUCCUCUUCACAAUAUGGCUGCUUGUAUAGAGCUUUUUGGAAUCAUCUUCCCAAAAGUGUUGCGAAUGGUAUCAUCUCAGAGGCAGCAAGCUGCAUCAAAGCUGUGUGAAGCCAUAACACACGUCUUCAAUGGUGUCAAGCAAAAAAAAAUGGUUGAUGUGUUGAUAACACAGGUCAUGGAACCAAUAUGUGACUCAAUUAAAGUUAAUCCAGCUGCUAGAUUUAAUCCUGAUGUUGAAAGGAAAUUCAUUGCUAUGUUCAAGAGUUUUGGGACAUUAAUAGAAGAUCAUUUUGGAAAGAAACACAGUGCAGAUCAGCUCUCUAAAGUUGUACCAGUAUUUGUAGUGUCCCUGAGGUCAAGUAAUAAACAUAUAAAACAAGAAGGUGUAAGAUUAUGGAGGAGUAGCUUUUCAUCUACAAGUUUCAGCAUACCAACCAAUCUUUUUGAUAUUUUGAAGGAGUGUAAACUUCCUCCUGCCAGUUUAACAGAUCUUAAUGAAACCUCAGAAGAUUUAAUGAGUCUCAGCCCCAAAGAAAAUUUACCAACUCGCCAAGCUGGUAGCUUACUUAAGCGUGAAGCAGGAUGUAUGGGAUCACCUCAAGGCACUACCAUACGCAAAUCUCUGAAAGUUGAGUCUCCAAGACCUGGUAAUCACAGCCUUGGCACACCAACCUCCAAAGACAAGAGUAAACUCAAGACAAACCUGGAAGAGAUGAAAGAUGAAGAUUUUGUGAAGAUUGUGUCCCCAAAACCCAAAAGAAGAGUCCUAACUGAGCAUCAAAUUGAACGCAUGACUGAGCGAAGGUCUGACAUCCCUGCCCUGUACUCUGAACUCUCACAAGCUGUCUCACAGGAUGUUUUGCCAUCACAGUUUGCAUCUCAAAAUUCUUUUGACGAAUCAUCAGUCACUGACAUGCUAAAAGGAAGUCCUGUGAAGAAUUCAAAUAAAAGUGAUAACAAAAAUAUUGCCUUAAAAGCUUCUGCCAAGCAACUGAAAACAGAAAAUAAAAGUUCUGAUGGAUCAGGCAUUGAGAAAUUGUCAUUUAGAGGGAAAAUUCCUCCUGAAAUCCAAGGAAAUCAAUUUGAAAAUAAAGAUGAUGAAUCAUCUGGUGAUGUACAGAAUCUGAGAAGGAAGUCUGGAAGACUUUCUAAGAAUAAACAGGUUGAAUCACAAAGUGUAGCGACGGCAUUGAACAAAAAUGUUCGAAAAGAAGAAAAAGUGAACCAGAAGGAACAGUCCAAAACUAAAGUGAAAGGUCUCUCAAGCAGUGAAGUGAAACCAAAGAGUGUAGGUGAAAUGGCAGGAACUACUGAAGGUGCUGAAUUAACAAUUGAAAAUGAAAAUAACAGAGAUACAAAUGAAAAGCCGUGUGCUACAACUAUAACAAUUGUUGAGAAACUAACAGUUACUCAGUCGGAGGAAAAUUGCACUAAUGCUGAAGAAGAGAAUUGUAGUACAGCAGACAAAGAUGAACUUCAAAUAAAAGCUGAUGAUAUUAAAACAUAUUCAAGUAAAAAGAAGAAAGAUUCAAUAGCUCGAAGAUAUGGUGAUUAUACAGAUGAAGACUUAAAUGAGGAAUUAAGGAAGACUUCUCUUGUGCUGCAAAAAUCUCUUAAGGACAAUAAAAAUGUUGGCUCAAAUCAAACCAUAGACACUUCUGAACUCCAUCGCCGGAAGGCUCAGACACCAGUGAAGAAAACCCUGAAUGAUGUACGUAAAACAUUGAAAGGAGUGGGUUUGUCGGAGUGCCAUGCUGAAGACACGAGUGGAAUCGACUCUCCUAUUCUAUCUCCGAAGGAAAUUAGACAACAAAGAAUUAGUUUCAAGGAGGUGGCUGUUUCACCCAGUGUAAUUAAGGACUACAAAAUUGUAAAACAGAUCCCAGAAGUAAAGUUAACAGAUGAAGUCCUGUUACUAAAACAUAUGAACAUGUUUCACGUGUCAGACACAGACUCUGAUGAGGAAAUUCCAAAUUCUCAAGCCACUGUUUUCAAUAACAGCGAGUCUUCAGUUUCCAUGUUGAAAAGUAAAUUAGUUAAAGAAAAUAAUGAUCGAGAUAGUACAAGUAAAACUGAUGGUCUGCGCAAAGUUGCAAGAGCAAAAAGAAAGCGAAAGCUAUCAGAAGAAGAGUCGGUUGUUAACAUUGAGAAGAAGGUCAGAACUGCAGAAAAAACACAUCAAGCACCAACAGAGAAGCACAGUUCAAGUGAUGAUUCUGUAAUGAUCAUAGAAGAAGUGAGUGAGCAACAAUUGGAGAAACAAAUGAUGGAUCCUAGAAAAAGCAAAGAAAAUCAAAAGCAAGGUAAAGAUAAUGAAGAUAAUGUAGGUAAAAACAUGAGAAAGACUAUGAAAUCCCAAACUGAGUUGUUGCGCAAGAAUUCUCAGAACAGUUCAGACAGUCAAAGCAAUUUUGAAAAUGCGGACGGCACUUCUUCUCCGUGUACCCCACCUAAGGUUACAAGGUCAGGACGUAAGAUUGUGGCCCCAAAUAAAGACAUGCCAGAGCCUAUGACCCCACCUGGAAAUUCUAAUCCAAAAAGGAGAUUAAAGACACAGGAGGCAAUAAUGGUGACAUAUGUAGAUGAUGAUCCUAAAACACAAGGGAUUUUGACAACUCCCAAAAAAAAUGUACCUGAAAAGAAAAUUGUCCAAAAGAAGAUCACAGACAUGUUUAGUAAAGACGCCAAAAUAAUUAUAGACGAAGACGCUGAUAUUUCUGAGGACAGCGCCUCGCUUACUAAGAUGGAAGAUGUCGAGUUUAGUGGUGAUGACACUGACGGUUACAUUCCAGCAGAAGAAUCACAGACAAGCACUGAGAGUGACACUGAUGAAGGUGAUCAGGCAUUAGAGAAUGGAAACAAGUCAGAAAUUGUUGUAGAAGAAAUUUGUGUUUCAGAAGGAUCGAGUUCGUUAGUUCAGAAACCUAAAGAAUCACCUGCUGGGAAGUCUGCAACUAAGUCGAUUGAGGAAGCUCAUGUGUAUGGUGAUGAAAAUAAAAACGAUGGUGAUGAUGAAAAAAAUAAAAUCGAUGAUAAUGGUGAAAAUAAAACUGAUGAUAAUGAAGAAAAUAAAACUGAUGAUGAUGAAGAAAAUAAAAUUGAUGGUGAUAAAACUGAUGAUGAUGAAGAAAAUAAGAUUGAUGAUGAUGAUGAAAAUAAAACUGUUAAUGAUGAAGAAAAUAAAACUGAUGAUAAUGAUGAAGAAAAUAAAACUGAUGGCAAUGAUGAAAUAGGUUUGAACAAUAUUAGUAUCACAGAUACAUCAGAGAACGCUUGUAAUAUAAGCAUAGAGAAAAAAAGUGAUAAAAGAGAUCAGUCUGUGGAUACUUCUGGAAGGUCCAAGGAAUCCAUAACAAAUAAAAACAAGGCUAAAGUAUCAUCUGAUUAUGUUAGUAAAGGGGAUGAUGCAGACCAGUCUGUAAAAAAUGUAAUUGGUGCAUCUUUUGAAGCAGAAACAAAUGAAGAUCUUCAGCCAGGUGAUGAUGACCUACAAAAGAACAUUGCAGAAGUGACACCAGUAAUAGAGGUAGCAGUGAGUCCUGUAAAUACCCAGGAGGAAGUUGAGAAAAUUUCAGAAGAUGAAUCAAGUUCUUUCGAAUGUGGUCAGACAGUAGAUGAAUAUUUAAAUGAACUGCCUAAAAAGGUUAACUGCAAAAAGUUAAUUGACAGUAAUGUUGACAGAUUAAGAGAUUCAAGAGACAGAGAUCGUAAAACCAACAAUGAAAAGACAGACACUAAAGAUUCUGAAAAUGGGGAUGAACAUAAAUCAGAAAAUAAAUGUACUAGUCCAUUACAGGACUCACAUUCUGAACGUACUGGUAAUGAGUGUGAAAAACCAGCACGUGAAAGGGAUUUAGGAGAAAAUGAAUUACCAAAUUCACAAGAGUUAAGUGUAAGUAACUCGGAGGUGAAGAAGAAAGAUUUUGUUGAGGUGGGAAUUGACUCUUUGGAAAACAUAAGUGAAAAGGAAUCAGAGAAAGUGGACUUGAACAGUGCCAACAUGACAGAUGCUGAAAGUUUAGAAAAUAUGGACAUAGAGGAGAUGAAAAAAAUGGUUGAUAAAGAUCCAGAAAAGUCUGUUGUAAAGGAUCUAGAAAAGAAAAGUGAUACUGAAUUAGGCAAGAUGGGUAGUGAUGGUGGACUUUGUAGUCUUAAGAAAUUGGACAAAACAGUUUUAGAAUCUAAUCUCACUGUAAGGCAACAAGAGGAAGAACUCUCACCGGAGAAACAAAGUAUGUCAAAAUUACAUUCAGCAGUUAGUACUCCUGAGAGACAGAAGAAGAAAGGUUCACUGAAGUAUGCAGGGUCCAGGGCAGCCAUGCUGGUUGCUUGUGCGAAGCAAAACAUCAAGAACCGAGGAACAAGUGAGGGAGAAUCACCACCUAAGUCAGGAGGUGAUAUAUCAAGACAUCGCCUCAGUGUCUCACCUAGUAGGAGGAGUUUACCAGGACGCUUCUCUCCCUCCAGCACUCCACCCAGUCGUAAAAGAAAACUAGGAGACGGUGAUGGUGGACGGCCUUGGGUGAAACACGAGCCUUCUCCAGGAGCAUCACCAUCCACAAGCAUCUUGAAAAAAACUCCCACAGAUGAUAGCCACAAGACAGAAACUCCUUCACCUCCUUCAAAAUACAGACGUGUCAGUUUUGCUGAUCCUCCAGUCUCAGAGCGUGUUGAGAUACCUCCUUCUCCAAAGACCUUAAGAGGAAUUCGGGCUCAAAAGAGACUGGAUAUGACUAAUGCGUCUUCCCCAGGAAAGGAUAUUGAUUACCCAUCUUCCAGUAAGGAAUCCCAAGAGACAGAUUCACCUGUCUUUUUGGAUUGUAGCCAGCCAUUGUACCCAUCUCUGAUAAGUUGUCAGGAUAAGGUUGACCAAGUGGCCCAUCUACUCACUUCUCCUGCACUAGUUGAGGGACUGAUGGCAGUUCUUGAAGAACUUGGAGUUAAAACUGUUGGUCAAUUGAGCCAGCUAACUGAAGCUGACGUUAACAAGUUGCCAGUGAGGGCACCCAAAAUUCCUGUUACUUUGAAAAUUCUAAAGAAAUAUGAAGAAACAGAAUUAAGGGAAGGCAAGAAAUCUCCUCAAUCGUUGAUGGACGAGGUCGAAAUUCAGUUGUGUGAAAUUUUUGGAGAGGUAGACCGUGAAGACAAAGAGAACUUGCGGCCAAACAAACAAGACCAUUUCCUGGAAAGUAGAAAAUCUGGAGACGAUGAUUCAAACAAUAUGGAGACCACUGAACAGAGAACAAACGAUGUUUCUGAGACCCUGCCUGAAGGGCUGGAUAUUAUAGGGUUGGAUGAUGGUAUCACCCCCUUAGAUGCAUCACCAGAAGAUAUGGAACCAGAAUUCAUAACAGCCAUUUGCAAGAAAGCGAAAGAAAACCCACAAUUCCUCGAGCCCUUGGCAGAUCAAAUGGACACAAAUACCAAGGAAAUGUUAUUCAGUAUUUUAAUGAAGAAACUAAAAUAUCAGUUUCUUAUUGACUGUUUUCAUCAGUAUUUGAAAUCGAGAAAUACUACUGAAAAUACUUGAACAUUGGCUGAUACUCUUUUUUUUUUGUACUGGAGGUGUUCCUGCCAGGACCAGUUGGAAGCUUCUUUUUAUAAAUGUGAACAAAAUGAACUUUAUAAACAAAAUGUUUUUUUUUUCUGUGACUACAGUACAGAUUGCCAACUGUUGAACAUUUUUUUUUUUUAUUGGUAUAAGGAG